AGAAACGGAGUGAGAGCAGCACAGAGAGCAGAGUUAUACCAAAGCAAACCAUCACACCGCUUGUGCGUGGUGAACAUUUCGGCGCUUCUAAAACAAAAAGGAUCAAAUAAAAAAAUAAAAAUCCCGGAUCUGGGCUGACAGGAGGAAACUGGAGAAAGAGGCGAACCGGAUCGACGCUUUAAAAAGCCGCCUGCUGCAGCUGAUUCUUUAAUUAUUAUUUUUGGAUAAAGGGGGGGAGGCCAGUUUGCCGGUAUUUUUAUCUCUCCUCCCGCUUCAAAGCCGCCGGUAUGAACAACUUGAUGCGCUGAAGGUAACGCCGCUGAAUUUUCUUUUUCCAUUUCCUUCUCUUGCAUCAAUUUGAUGCUGCGUGAAGCGAUGAUGCUGCUGAUGCUGCUGCUGCAUCGGUGGGCUUUGAAUGUGUGAAUCCUGCACGGGACUCUCCUCCUUGGCAAUGGAAAUCAGAGCCACCUCUUUAUUUCUCUGCAAUAAUUACUGUGACAAUAAUAAAUAUGGCUUAUUUUGGUGCCUGGGGUGAGGGUGCCAGUGGCUGUGAUUUUGUAUCUCCUGCUGCUGCAGCUCCUCAGCUCCAGACAGACUCAAGUAGCCUCAGCUGAAGAGGGGAAAAAACAUAAAACAGCAAGCUGGCAAGUGCUGUAUCACCCAACGCAAGCCAAAGGAGCUGCUGCAUGUAUGAGGGAAAGGGCAUCCAUCACACCAAGGAGCAGGGGCUUCCCAAGAACCGCCACAUCCACACAUUCGUCUGAGGACUGCUGAGAGCUUACAGCCCCCUCCUGAUGGUUGUUGGAGGGCAGCCCUGAUGCAUCUUGUGCAUGUGAAAACUCUCAUUUUGCCAUCGCUGUAUCAACAGAAAGCAGACGGUGACUCUGUGUGUGUCAUGUUAGAGGCUGGACUCUUGCCUGCUCACACCAGCUCUCUGCCAAUAUCUCUGACCUGCCCUGUCUGAGCCCUUUGUAUGAGCAUCUCCACCAGUGGUUUGUAGACAUUACCUGUUGUCUAAGGAUCAAACAACAACAACAACAAAACAGACUCCUCACAUUUCUGUCAGCGUAGGACAGAGCAGAGGUCAAGAUGCAGGUCUCCUUCGCAUGCACUGAGCACAACCUGAAGAGCCGCAGUGAGGACCGUCUCUGUGGCCUCCGCACCGCCCCACCUCCAGGAGGAAGCAGUGGUGGAGGUGGUGGUGGAGGUGGUGGUGGCGGUGGUGGAUCAGGAGGGGGCAGUGGUGGAGGAGGAGGUGGUGGUGGACAGGGGGGUAACGGUAACUACUCCUCUCAAGGGUCUGUGAAGAACAGGGAGGGCUCCGGGUCCCGCCAGACUCCACAGGGCCAUGCCCACAUGAAGGAGGCCAUCGGGCGCCACAGCAACAUGAAGUACAGGAACCUGGGUAAGUCCGGCCUUCGUGUUUCCUGCCUGGGGUUAGGCACCUGGGUGACAUUUGGAUCACAGAUCUCAGAUCAGAUGGCUGAAAACCUGAUGACCCUCGCUUAUGAAAAUGGAAUUAACCUGUUCGAUACGGCAGAGGUGUAUGCUUCUGGAAGAGCGGAAAUCACUUUAGGGAACAUUAUCAAAAAGAAAGGAUGGAGGCGCUCAAGUUUUGUCAUAACAACAAAAAUCUACUGGGGAGGCCAAGCCGAAACAGAGCGAGGGCUCUCCAGAAAGCACAUUAUUGAAGGUUUACGAGGAUCUCUAUCAAGGCUCCAACUGGAUUAUGUGGACUUAGUUUUUGCCAACAGAAAUGACGUCAACAGUCCAAUGGAAGAGAUUGUUCGGGCCAUGACGUUUGUAAUAAACCAGGGCAUGGCCAUGUACUGGGGAACCUCCCGCUGGAGCGCAAUGGAGAUCAUGGAAGCGUACUCCGUCGCACGUCAGUUCAACCUGAUCCCACCUGUUUGUGAGCAGGCAGAGUAUCACUAUUUUCAGAGAGACAAAGUGGAGGUGCAGCUUCCUGAACUCUACCACAAGAUUGGUGUGGGAGCGAUGACCUGGUCUCCACUUGCAUGUGGAUUAAUCACAGGAAAGUACAGCGAUGGUGUGCCUGAGUGCUCCAGAGCAGCAAUGAAGGGAUACCAGUGGCUGAAGGAGAGGGUGAACAGUGAGGAAGGCAGAAAGCAGCUGGCUAAAAUCAAGGAGCUCCAUCUACUGGCAGACAGACUGGGCUGCACUGCUGCACAGUUAGCCAUAGCCUGGUGUUUGCGAAGUGAAGGAGUCAGCUCUGUGCUUCUGGGUGUUUCUAAUACUGACCAGCUACUAGAGAACCUUGGAGCCCUCCAGAUUUUAACCCAAAUGACUCCUCAGACCAUUACUGAGAUCGACGCCCUGCUGGGAAAUAAACCACACUCCAAGAAAGAGACACGUGCUUGAAGACACAAAAUAAACAGUGAUGGAUGACAUUUCAUGAAAGAAAACCUUGGGAAACUUCGCUUUUUGCUCUGUUGUAUACUCAGAUUGCAUGUUCUACGUAACAUUAUGCUUCCAGUCUGUGCGCAUACACAUUUUUGCGCAGCAAAUUGUAUCAUAUACAACAAAAAGAUAAUCUCUCUGAGCUGUGAAAAAAAGGAUACCGUAAUAUAUUGCUCACUGUCAAUCAUUCAGAGGCUUCAUAGAGCCGGCUUCUGCUGUGCAAAGGAACCAAGAAAGGUUUGCAAGCAUUCAGCUGCAGUCAAAGCACAUGAAAUGGCCUGAAGUGGAAAAGAAACCCCAGUUUUUGUCCUUAAAUGCAUUAUUACAGGUCAAACGGGGCUUUUAUUGCACACGUGCGUCUGCUUCCCCUUGCAGAAUAUCCUGCAUGAGGUUCAGAAGCCAGAGAGCCAAACGAUUAGCACCCAUGUGUCUAGCUGAACAUUUCCAUCAUGUGCAUGUGACUAGUCUGCAACUCUCACUGCUUUACAGGGUUGGGAAUAAUGGGUUACUUCAGGAGACAAAAACACAGCAAUCAUCACUAGGCCUAGCACAGAUAUUGAGCAGAAUCGAUUAAAAUAAAAAAGCUGAAUAAAGCAUUUAUUUUGCUUAGCAAAAGUCACUUUAAAAAGAUGCAAAUAGAUAUUAUUAGUGGGUGCAGUUAAGAAAGACUUUCCCAACCCUGCUGCUUUCCCAGCAGACUUUUUGCCUCCUGUUUGUAAACUGUGCGCAUGUCCCUUUAAGAGAGAAUUAGCCCUAGAGGGGCAUAAAUGUGGCAUGGCUUUUACAGCUUAUGUAGAUUUGCAGUGCCCUCGUAAGCCAUUGUUUUGUUUAUUUUUCUUUUUUACUUGAAUAGUCCUGAAGCCCUGAUGCAGGGAGCUCGCUUUAAAGAGCCCCGGCUAUCCUGGGACACAUCUGUGUCCAAUAAUGUAGAACCUUUACGUUGUCUUAAACGGCACAGGAAAAUAUCAACGACAAGCGUCAACAAUGCAAAGACUGUUGCUGUACUUAAAGAAAAGGUUGGAGAGUGUGGGAAGGGUACAUAGCUUUGGACACACUGUGGUGUAAAUGUACUUUUCCAAUCAUAGGGGAAAAAAAGUUUAUUUACAUACCAUGAUACAAGGAGCCCUGGGGUAAGAUUAAGCAAAUGUUCUUUUUUUUUUUUUUUUUUAUUUGAAAUAUAGCUUCUCUGCUCAUAUCUCUCUGAGUACUCCUGUAUCCUUCUACACUUUAUUUCAUUCAAGCAUUUAUGAUUUCUUUGCUCCUACUCUGUGUCGGCUUGUCUUGACCUGCAUAAUAUAAAGAUUUGAUCCUCGCUGAUGUUGCAAAAGGAAGAGCAACGUUGUCAUCAAUUUCUGUUAUCUUUUAAAGAAGCUUUUUACUUCUUUAGAGGGAAAUUAAGAAAGAAACAGUUUUACAAACUGAGUUUAAAAUGUGAAAACAUGCAGUUGCAGAAAACCUGGUGUUUGUUAAUGAACUGUUAAGUAACUAUUCAGCUAAACUUACAUACCGUAUAUCUUUGACCAGAGCGAUAGAACGUUUCUGUGGCUGUGAGAAACAAGGCUGGAUGAUUGGUUUUUGUUGUCAAAGCACAGAGUGAGCAAGUCAUUUAGGGAGUUCAAAUUAAACUUUGUUAAGGUACAUUAAAACAUCUUACUACAUCUUGAAAGCACAACUGUUUUUCUUUGUUUUGUUAUUUUUUUUCAAUAAGAC